UAAAUCGGAAGAAAACCGUGUCGUUUCUACCCCCAAGAAGAUAACGGCGGCGAUGGCGGAUCUCUCACCACCGUUGACGACGAAAGAAGCCUUUGAGAAAGUUGAUAACUUGAACCUCACUUGUCCUGUUGGAUAUGACUACGUCGAUAACGAAGCUUACGGUUAAGUAUUAUCAUCAUAAAUCAAUUUCCUUUCUUUCUUCUAAGAUUCUCUUUGUUUAGCAAUUCCACUGUACAUAACUUAUUGAAUUCCUGGAUAUAUCAAUGUAUGAGUUUCUUGAUCAGUGUGGAAAUAGAUGAGUCUGGCUUCAUUGCAUGUAUUAGAGAUUCAUCUGUUUUUUGUUUGUAUUGGCCAACUAGUUCGAGCUAUAGGGGACUCUGUUUGUAUUGGCCAAUUAGUUCGAGCACUUAGGGUACUCUGUUUUGUUUCUUUUCCAUUAAUCGUUUUUAACUUUAGGGUACUCUGUUUUGUUUCUUCUAAUUGUUUUCCAUGAAUCGUUUAAAGAUCGUCUUACAUACAGUAGAAACUAUCGAGUAUGAUUUAUAUUGAUCCCGAUUUAAUUCAAAGUCUGUAUGUUUUUCUUGGUAGUCAAAAGUCAUUCAUCAACUUUUGUAACCCGUUUAUUUAUGUGCAGACUUGUUGAACCCUCAUUAUUUCAAGGGUUUAUAUUUAGAAUACUAUCCCACCUUUUUUAAUGAAAAACUUCAUAUCAGGUGAUUAUGUUUAUGUUUAUAGUCAUAUUUGCACACAAUUUUUGUCCUUCUCUUUGGGUUAAACCCAUUUAUUCUUGUGUCAAACAGUUCAACGAUGGGGACAAAACAUUAUCAGCUUUGUGCCUCCUACUUAAACCCAAAGCUGGUGUUUAUGGGUAAAGUUAAUUCUCAUGGUAGACUAAGUGCGAGAGUGAAAGCCGUUAUAACUGAUAAGUUGAUUGUGCAUGCACAUAGUGAACUGAGAAAGGCACUAGUCAACUUUGAAUACCUGGCUCUAAACUACAGAGCUCAAUUUCAACUCGGGAGCAAUAGCAUAAUUGGAGCAACAUAUAUCCAACGUGUGACACCUCGUUUAUCUUUGGGAGGUGAGUUCUUCUGGGCCACUAUGGCUCAAGAGUCGGGUGUAGGUUAUGCUGCAAGAUACGAGACCAAUAAGAUGGUCGCCUCUGCGAAAGUUAUUAGCACUGGUAGUGUAAUUAUGACAUAUGUUCAAAAGAUUUCAAAGAAGGUUUCACUCGCCACUGAUUUUGUGUACAACUGCUUUUCAAGAGAUGUUAAAGCUAAAGUUGGAUAUGAGUGCGACAUUUCUAGAUUGUCUAGGGUCCAGGGAAUGAUUGAUUCUAACGGUGUUGCAUAUGCACUUCUUAAAAAGGAAAUGAAAAUGGGACUCGCUAGUCUUCUAUCUGCAUGUUUGGAUCAUAUGAAAAAGGAUUACAAGCUUGGUUUGAGCUUAACAUAUCAUUAAGAACUGCAGAAAAGUUGCCUUCAGUAAGGACGAAAACUACAUGAUAUGAAUGUGUAAAUGACUGAAGAAAAUACUUAACUACUAGAAACACUUUUUUUUUUUUUGUGGGAGCAUUUUUGGUUAGAUUCAGAUAUUGAGUGAGUGGGUUUGUGACUGGGUGCAAUUGCAUUGUCAAGUGAGUUUGCAAAUUUUUAGCCUGCUUUUAACUAUUUUCAUCUUUCUCUAUUUGAGCAAGACAUGAUUGUAGCUUUCAUCUCUUCUUUGCU